AAUGUGGAUUGAUGAAUGGAAUGGAAUAAAAAAAAUAUAGGUCGACUCCACUCUACCCCUAUCUUAUGCAAAAGCGUUCUCCAACUUGAAAUAUUUCUCACUCACUCGGUCGUUCAUUGAAAACAGCACUGCAGCGGCGGCAAACACCACUCACUCACUCUAUCACUUUUCUCGAUUCCCUUUUCCUCAUCCACAACUCAUUCGUCAUUCUCUUCCGACAUUCAAAAUUAUUUGCAACAACUGGACAAAGAAGCAAUGAAUGGCAACAACACUAAGCUAGACUGAAAUGUUUUUCGAUGAGAAGACUCUGUAUCAAUUAAUAUCUUAUUCCUAUUUCCUUUUGGUUCGGAGAUCAUUGAAGCAUACAGCUGUAGCAACAUGUGGUCAAGCAUUAAUUAAGCAAGAAAAACUCUUAAAAAUGCUGUCUACUAGUGUUGCUGCUCAGCUUCCCAGUUGCUGGUACCGCAUUCCCAGCCAUCUUAAUGUCCAUCAUCAUACCCGACAAAAGAGAAAACUCACCACUCUAUCACUUGCCAAUGCAGAUAACCAAAUCCCUCUCAGAAACUUCUACAGUCAAAGUCUUCCUCAGACAUACAGUUGCUGCAAAGGGAUAGAAAGCAAUUACAGGUCUAGAUACAAUUCCAAUCCAAAUCAGGACGACAGACACCUAUUCCUUAUUAAAUUCUUCUCACUUGCUGACUCAGAAGACACCAAUAAUCAAAAUUCAGAAACCAGAAACCACAACCAACAUCAAGUAGACAGACAAAGGGAAUUCAAGGAAAACGACAAAAAAAGUGCACUUUUCACUAAGAUGUGGUGGGUAGAUUUGAAAGCGGCAUUUGGCCAAAGCAUCAACUUUGAGGGCAUUCUUUGUUCAACUAUGGUGAUCUUAAAAGACCCACAUUUGGCACUGCCCCAUAUUUCAGUUCGUGAUAUACGAUACAUUGACUGGGCUGCUCUACGUAGAAAGGGAUUUAAGGGCGUUGUCUUUGACAAAGAUAAUACUAUUACAGCGCCUUACUCUUUAACGCCCUGGCCUCUGCUCGAGUCUUCAUUGGAAAGUUGUAAAUCAGAAUUUGGUCCAGAUAUUGCUGUAUUUAGUAACUCAGCUGGACUUCGUGAGUAUGACCAUGAUGGUUCAAAAGCUAGGAAUCUUGAGAGUGCAAUUGGAAUUAAAGUCAUCAGACACAGAGUGAAGAAGCCAGGUGGCACAGCUGAAGAAGUUGAAAAACAUUUUGGCUGUGAUUCAUCACAGUUAAUCAUGGUGGGCGACCGUCCCUUCACUGACAUAGUUUAUGGCAAUCGAAAUGGAUUUCUUACUAUCUUGACAGAGCCAUUGAGUCUUACGGAGGAGCCAUUCAUCGUUAAGCAGGUGAGGAAGCUAGAAACUACAUUUGUAAAUUACUGGUCUAGAAAAGGAUUGAAGCCACUUGAGCAGAAGCUAUUGCCUGAUCCCAGACAUUGUGUCAAAGAGCCACGUCCUUGAUAAACUUGUCUCCAAAAGACACUAAUUUUUUAGGACAUGAAAAUGCUCCCCUUUAGUAAUGCAUACAAGUUAAUUUUCGUUGAAUUAUUUAGUUUUUUUUUCCUUUUACAAAACCGGUAAUGCAAGUUAAGUCAUCUCUACUACUUAAUUUCCGUGUUCCCUCAAAAUGGAGGUAGAAAAAUCAUAAAAUGAGUUUUCAAUAUAAAUGAAAGUAAUAAAAGUAUGGCUAUUUGACCUA